UGCACUACACUGAACCAAAACAGGAAGCGAGACAUGGCAUCGGUGUUCGGCGGAGUAGAGGGUGGAGGGACUCACUCCAAGGUGGUGCUGCUGUCAGCAGAUGGAAAGAUCCUGGCAGAGACAGAGGGACCAUCCACCAACCACUGGUUGGUUGGGGUUGACAAAUGUAUCGACACCAUCAACGACAUGGUCCAGAAAGCCAAGAUGGAGGCAGGGCUGGAUCCAAACACGCCACUAUACCUAUUGGGCAUGUCUCUGAGUGGGGGGGAGCAGAAAUCAGCCAUCGACAAACUGAUCGCUGAAAUGAAGCAGCGAUUCCCCGCUCUCAGCCAGCACUACUUCAUCACCACAGAUGCUAUUGGUGCCAUGGCAACUGCCAGCGAUCAGGGAGGUGUGGUGUUGAUAUCAGGGACCGGCUCUAACUGUAAACUGGUUCACCCUGACGGCUCACAGGUCGGCUGUGGAGGCUGGGGUCACAUGAUGGGGGAUGAAGGAGGAGCCUUCUGGAUCUCUCACUUGGCGGUGAAGACGGUGUUUGAUGCCAAAGACAACCUGGUGGCUCCUCCUCAUGACAUCACACAUGUCGGAAAGGCCAUGUACGAGUACUUCCAGGUGUCAGAUCUGAUGGGCAUGCUGCCGCACCUCUACACAAACUUUCAGAAGUCCCAUUUUGCAGGUUUUUGCAAGAAGCUUGCUGAAGGAGCAAAAGCAGGGGAUGCUCUCUGUCAGCAUUUGUUCACUCAGACUGGGAGAGUCCUGGCAAAACAUGUAGAAGCAGUCCUACCUGCAGCAAAAGAGCCUCUAUUGAAUGGUGACCUAGGCCUGCCUAUCCUGUGUGUGGGCUCAGUGUGGAAGAGCUGGGAGCUUCUGAAGCCAGGGUUCACCGAGGUCUUGGAUAAAAUGGCAUCAACUGACAAGUUCAAGGGCCGUUUCCAUGGCUACAGCCUCCUGUCCCUGCAGCAGUCCUCGGCCCUCGGCGGUGCGAGUCUGGGGGCUCAGGGUAUCGGCGCAGCUUUAACUUUGGACUACAAAGCUAACGCCAAAGUCUUCUACCAACACACUUUCAACAGCAGCCAAUGAUAGUGCCGCUGCACAUCCUGGAGCUCUUAACCAAUCAUAGUUCAGAUAAAGGGAGAUUGCAUUAUGAGCAUCAUGCUAAAGUGAUGAUGAUAAUAAUGAUUCUGUAAUAAUGAUAUUGGCUUUGAUCUUUUACUACAAGAUACAAAGAAGUUUGAUGAAAUUAUUCAAAAAUAUUUGCUUUUACUGCUGCAUAGUACCUAUUUGGACCAUUUCAUUGAUAUUCCUUUUUUUGUUUUAUUGAAAUUGUAAAUCUUUACACCUUUUACAACAGU